UAAAUUGAGAUAGAGGGAGUACUUUGUAAGUUGGUGCGACAUGUGCUACGAUAAAAUAUGGGGAAAUUUCAAUAAUGUACAAUUCAACAUACGAAUUACAUCCACGUAGCCAUAAUUUUAAUUUACAUUCGCAUAGCCAAUUUAUACAAUUUUUUAAAGAUUCUAUGUCCGAAUUUUCCAUCAAAAUCAAGAAAUUUGACUCUCGAAAUCCGAAUUAUGCUGCAUAAAUUGAGACAGAAGGAGUACUUUGUAAGUUGGUGCGAGAUGUGGUGUGAUAAAAUAUACUAUCGUACUAGGCCCUCAAACUUGGUCUCAUUUUUUAAGUAUGCCCUCCAACUUUGAGUGUGCACAAGUAGGUACCUCAAGUUGUCUUCACUUUGCCAGUUGAACACUUUAACUUACAAAAUGAUCAUCUAGACACCUCCAAAAUUAUGUGUCACAUCAGCGCCAUGUCAUCAUUUGUGUUUAUGUGUUCAACUUUUACAAGUUGAGGUUUCUACUUGUGCACAUCCAAAGUUGGAGGACAUACUUAAAAGAUGAUGCCAAAUUUGAGGGCCUAUUUAUGUAUUAUGCCUACUUUUUUUUGUUGGGGUGGAUUAUGCACCAGUGCAUCAUCUGAGUUUUGUUUCUGUUGUUUUAUCAUGUGUUACCGCAACCAUCUGAGUUUUUGCUUAUCUUAAUAAUACUUCUUGAAGUAACAACUAUCUUUAUAAUUCUCAAAGGAUAUAGUAUACUUGAAGCGAAACAAACUGACUAUAGUUGAAUCAAAGCCAAGUUGACUUGCACCUGUAGGCUUCUCGAAGAUACAGAGUAAAUUUUCUCUAAGACCUCCGGGCACUUUGUUGCACGUUAUUGAGAUCCCAUAUUGUUUGCAAUCAUACACAGGGACGGAGCUAGAGUAUAGUUUAUUAAUAACUGCUUUCAAUUUAAAAAAGAAUCCCAAUUGUGUCGAACUUUUCAUAUUUGGAAUACUUACGGAUCUCCACGAAUAGGAUAAUAAACUUCAAAUAUCAAUCUGAGACAAGAAUGUAGUGUUAGAACAAAACCAGCCUAGUUCUAAGUAAUAGUGGUGUAUCUUAAUCUUUGAUCGGAAAUACAGUCUUAUGCUCUCUUGUACAACAUCUUGUGCUGUUUAAAUAUAUACUUUCCAUCUUAUUCAUAUCUACUUUCUAUUUGAUGAUCAUUGUAGGUUGAUGUUAAAUUGGCAAUACCCAAAGGUGAAAGCCGCCAAUGCCAACGUUGUUCUGAAUGCCAACAAUUCGGAAGACUGAAUAGUGAAACUAGCAGAAUUAGUAACACAAGGAAGGUUUUUGUUGGUGGAUUGCCUCCUUGUUUAUCAGAGGAAGAAUUCAAAAAAUAUUUUGAGAGUUAUGGAAGAAUUGAAGAUGCAAAAAUUAUCCGCGAUAGAGGAACCGAUACGCCUAGGGGAUUUGGGUUUGUCACCUAUGAAUCAGAGGAAGCUGUAACAAAUGUGUUGCAAAACAGAUAUUACUUGUUGAAUAAUAAACGUGUUGAGGUUAAGAGAACAGAGCCAAGGGAAAGGAGAGUUAUGGAUACUUGUAAUUACAAUUUUUACCCUACAUACUCAGGCUAUGAAUUGUGGCCAAUUUAUGAUUCUUAUGGGAUUUACGCCCCUCAUUAUUGGUCCAAUCAUACUACGGGUACAAAUGUACCGGUCCCGCAGCCUAUACUGGUACCGGUACCAGUGCCGUAUUUUACGCCUAGACAUCCAGUCAACUGCUACGGCUCAAUGCAUAAUCAAGUGGCUAAUGAGAGGGGUUCUGGCGAGGUUUCAUCAAAUUCUGCUCAAAAUUCAUGUGAUAGUGAUUAUUGGGGGUCUCACAACUCUGUUUCUCAUGAAGGGAAUGACCAAAAUUGGAACAAUAUUGAGGUUCAACUUGUUGGAAAUGAUUCAUCUCGAGAUCCUGAGAGUACAAAGCCACUGGAAAUAGAAGCAGAUAAUGGUGAAAAAGACAAAAGUGUGAAAGAUUCACAGGUCAAUUACCUUGCAGACAAUGGUGAAAAAGACCAAUGUGUGAAAACUUCUCAGGUCAAUACAAAAGCAAAAAAUGGUGAAAAAGACCACAGUGAGAAAAUCUCCCUGGUCAAUGCUGAACAUGACACCUCAGAGGAAAUCAAUGGAGUUUCAAACCAGUGGAAGAAGGAAGUGGACAGUUUGACCUUUUGCCAAAGUGGAACAUCUCCACCUCCAUUCUGGGUUAAUACCCAAUAA